AUGAAUACCUCUAUCAUCAUAUGGAAUGUUAACGGUCUCGGGGAUCCUUGGAAACGGGGCAGAGUAAAGCGUUUAAUUGGGCGGCAGAAUCCAAAGAUAGUGGGGCUCAUUGAAACUAAAUGGGACCAUUGUUCUGAUUCUCUGGUUUGCAGCGUGAGUGGCAGUAGAGACUAUGGCUGGGUGGCGAAAGGGGCAGUAAGGAGCUCAGGUGGCAUUGUCGUGUUUUGGAAUAAGUCUUUUUUUAGAAUGGUUUCUACCAGGGAAGGCUAUUUCUUCCUAGAAAUUGAAUUCCGGGAUGUCGUCAGUCUCAAAGCUUGGCAUCUGAUAGUGGUUUAUGGCCCUCAAGACAGAAGUGACAAGUUGGUGUUCAUAAGUGAGCUGAAUGAGUUGUGCAGCCUUCUCACUUCUCCUGUUUGUUUAGCGGGGGAUUUCAACUUGGUCAGAAGUCACGAUGAUUAUUUAGGAUCGAGGAGAAGUGCAAAACUUAUGGAGGAAUUUAACAGUUUUAUUGAUGUCAACGCUCUGCUCGAGCUCCCUCUUGGGGGCAGUAGUUUCACUUGGCACCAUCGACCUGGAAGCAACUCUUUCUCUCGUAUUGAUCGAGUCUUGGUUUUGCCUGAGUUCGAUUCUUUCUACCAAGAUGUUGCACUAUCAGCCCUUGAGCGCGUUGAGUCGGAUCAUAAUCCUUUACUUAUCCGCUGGGGGGGAGAACAGAAGGAUCCAUAG